AUGGCUCCGCCCAAAGACUCGCGCUCACCAUCUCCUGCAGGAAGUCACGCUGCGCGAAGACGGAAAGAUGAUGAGCGACGUGACCGCGACCGCGACCGUGACCGCGACCGUGACCGCGAUCGCAAUCACCGCCGACGCUCUCGCAGUCCGGAUCGCCGAUACCGUGAACGCGAACGCGAACGCGACCGUGAUCAUGACCGCGAUGGUCGGGAUCGCGACUCGCAUCGCUGGAGAGACCGUUCCUUAGACCGUCGAGAUGAUGACUACUACCGGGGUUCACGCCGGGAUGGGGGAGUAAACCGUGACCGCCACCGGUCACGCGAUCGUGGCCCGGAGCGGAUACGGUCCCCCGACCGCCGUGGGCAACGUGCUGGAGAUGGCAGGCGGGGCAAUUCCCGCGACCGCCGACCCCGUCCGGAUGACUCUGCGGAUUCCGCUUCCCGCCAGUCGCGCGGCCAACCGAAAACAGAACCCGUGGCAAGCAAAGAAAACGAACCAGCUAAGUCUACACCGACCCAAGCGCAGUCCGAGGCGGAGAAGAAGGCCGAGCGCCUGCGCAAGCUCCAAGCGAUGAAAGAGAAGCAUGCACUGAAAGAAGCUAAAGAGACUGAUGUCACUGCCGGGAGUACCAGAAUGCUUCUAGCUGAGAUGGAUCAGAAAGCUAGUGGUCACCCCACCACGAACAGCCCUGCCCCAGAGUCGCCCGCAACCUCGGCACCGUACGCUGGUAAAUUUGAUCCCAAAGCCAUUGCACGCAACGCCAAAGCGGCAGCCGCGCGAUCUCAGUCUCCCACCAGACUUGGCGAUGUAAAGUUGGGCGCGACCGGCGUAAAAGCGCCGAGUAUGAAAACUGAGACCGACACAAAGGAUGGCGGUCUUCUCCCGGCCAACAGGGCGGUCAGUGCUUUCGGUUUCAACAAGACUACUGACAGUCAAAAGUCAUAUUCGAAGCGCAAGCUGGACAUGGACGACGAGGAGGUCAUUAAGCGUAAACUCGUCAAACUGCCUGACUUUGUCCCCGAGCAUGCUGACGAUACUCCCAACGUUGACGGCGAUGCCGAGGAAGAUGGGGCAGAUGAUCUGGAUUUCCUCAUGGCGCGGAACGAGGAAGGAAUGGCCGAGGCUCACCGUGUCCUUCAGGAGAGGCGCGAUGAACAGAUCCAAAAGGAUGGCAUGGCCAUGGAUGUCGACGCCGAGAUGCCCAACGGAGACGCCAAGGAGGAGCCCACGCCACCGGCAGCGGAUGCUACCGCGAUGGAUGUUGACCAAGACGUUGACCCCUUGGACGCAUUCAUGGCGGAGUUAGAGCAAGACGGUCCUGGUAGCACUGACGCAAGGCCCAACAAACAACAAAACGGAAGGAAGAGUUUUGAACCUGAGACAUACUUCAGUGACGACGACUACGGCUAUGAGGCGGACAAGGUUGACCCAUCUUCCAUCUUGGCCAUGGCAGCCAAGAAGAAGAAGAAGGAUAUUCCGUCUGUGGAUUACAGCAAGAUCGAACUCAACCCGAUUCGAAAGAACUUUUGGGUCGAACCUCAUGAACUCAGCCAAAUGACCGAAGAGGAGGCAGCCGAGCUGAGACUGGAAUUGGACGGCAUCAAGGUUUCGGGCAAAGACGUUCCUAAGCCCGUCCAAAAAUGGUCCCAGUGUGGUCUAACUCGUCCUAUACUGGAUACCAUCGACAAGCUUGGCUACGAGAAACCGACGCCAAUCCAAAUGCAGGCUCUACCUGUCAUUAUGUCGGGGCGCGAUGUUAUUGGCGUCGCAAAGACGGGGUCUGGCAAGACGAUGGCAUUCCUUCUUCCCAUGCUCCGUCAUAUCAAGGAUCAAGACCCGGUGAGUGGUGAUGACGGCCCCAUCGCCUUGAUCAUGACGCCUACUCGAGAGCUCUGCACCCAGAUCUACUCGGACUUGGUGCCGUUUACGAAAGUCUUGAAGCUGCGCGCUGUCGCCGCCUAUGGUGGAAAUGCGAUCAAGGACCAGAUCGCUGAGCUGAAACGAGGAGCCGAGAUCAUUGUCGCGACCCCAGGGCGGAUGAUUGAUCUGCUCGCGGCGAACUCGGGUCGCGUGACCAAUCUCAAACGCGCGACGUAUUUGGUUCUGGACGAGGCAGACCGCAUGUUCGACAUGGGCUUUGAGCCUCAGGUAAUGAAGAUUUUCAACAAUGUACGGCCCGAUCGGCAGACGAUUCUUUUCUCAGCUACAAUGCCGAGAAUCAUUGAUGCGCUCACCAAGAAAGUCCUGCGAGAUCCUGUCGAGAUUACCGUUGGCGGCCGGAGUGUUGUGGCACCCGAGAUCACCCAAUCCGUUGAGAUCAUCGAGGAGAACAAGAAGUUUUUCCGACUGCUCGAGCUUCUCGGCGAUCUGUAUGCCGACGACGAUGACGUGCGUGCCCUGAUCUUCGUUGAGCGGCAGGAGAAGGCGGACGAUCUUUUGCGUGAGCUUCUCCGGCGCGGCUACGGAUGCAUGUCGAUUCACGGCGGCAAGGAUCAGGAGGAUCGUAACUCGACGAUUUCGGACUUCAAAAAGGGCGUUUGUCCUAUCCUCAUUGCAACAUCAGUGGCGGCGCGGGGACUGGACGUCAAACAGCUCAAGCUGGUCAUCAAUUAUGAUGCUCCAAACCACCUCGAAGACUAUGUACACCGCGCGGGACGUACCGGGCGGGCGGGCAACACAGGCACAGCUGUCACGUUCAUUACGGAAGACCAGGAGAACUGCGCUCCCGGCAUCGCCAAGGCCCUUGAACAGAGCGGACAGCCGGUUCCUGAGCGUCUCAAUGAGAUGCGCAAGUCGUGGAAAGAGAAAGUCAAGAGCGGCAAGGCCAAGGACGCCAGCGGCUUCGGCGGAAAGGGUUUAGAGAAGCUUGACAAGGAUCGUGAAGCGGCCCGGUUGCGGGAGCGCAAGACACACAAGGCCGAGGGCGAGGAGGAGGAUUUCAAGGAGGAAGAGACGGAAGAGGAUGCGAAGAAGAAGGACAAGGCCAAGUCAGCUAUUGAAGCGGCUGCUUCUGCCAUCGUCUCCCGUGACUCGCAGAAGACUGACGCGGAUGCCAAGGCGGUUGACGUCGUCGCCAAGAGUACCCCAGUCAGCACCGGCAAAGGUGGUGGUGCUCUGGACAAGGCUGCUUCGGCCAUCAGCGAAAUCAACGCCCGCCUGGCCCGUGCCGGUCAGCUUCGGCCAGGCCAGCCGAUCGACAACAAGGGGCCGGACGCGGGCGCCUUCCAUGCAACUCUUGAAAUCAACGACUUCCCGCAGAAAGCUCGGUGGGCCGUCACCAACCGCACCAACGUGGCUAAGAUUCUGGAGGCUACGGGCACAUCGAUCACGACCAAGGGCACUUAUUAUCCGCCGGGCAAGGAGCCGGCACCGGGAGGCGAGCCGAAGCUCUACAUUCUCAUUGAGGGUGACACGGAGCUGGUGGUUGGCAACGCCCUUUCCGAGCUCACGCGGUUGCUGAAAGAAGGCACUCUUGCUGCUGCAGACGCCGAAAGCCGGGCGCCUGCCAGCGGCAGGUAUACUAUUACAUGA